UCGAACCCACACGUCCCAGUACGCUAGACGGAUGUUCUACCACUAUGCUAAGGUAAACUUAAUGCUAUCCUCAUUAAGUUACCCUAGUGUUAGGGUAAAAUCAGCAGUGAUUCAAAUCGUUCGGGGCUGUCAGUUUGAAUAUGAAUCUGAAACAUUCAUUUUCCCAGCAGCUGUUCUAGACUCAUUUUUUAUACCAGUCAAAUGUCAAAAAUAAAACUGGUAUAACGCGCCGUUCUAUUUUCUGCGAUUUGAACCACGAUUGAAUCACGAGAUUCAACGUUAGGAAAUCCUGCUAGGGGAGUUAGUCAGUAGGCGCAGUUUCACGCAACGUGGCACAUCACGCCACGCUGCACUGCAAUCAGGUGUUAGGGCGCGCUAAAAGCGCAAGGUAUGCAUAAUUAGUUGAUAAAAGCGAGCCAGCAGCGUGGCUCGCACUCUUUCUUGGUAUAGAUUUCAUAGUAAGUAGUCGAUAAGUGAAGGGUGCGGUAAUAAAGUAUUUUAAAGUGUAGUUUUUGAAAACUUGUUCGUGUCAAAGAAAUCCCUAACUGGUGUCAGAAGUGGGAUAGCGAGUGUUUGUGGUGUUUAAAAAAGAGAUAUCGACAACAGCUCCCGCCUCAAGGAACCCAGAAGCUGAAAAGGCAACCGGACGACGAACGAUAUCCGCCAUAUCGCAACCCACGGAUGUUCUUCAAACUCACACUAUGUAUGUAUCUUGAUUCAAACAACCUGGACCGACAUAAGAGUACAUGACCUAAACCGUAACCCAGUCGCCAUCAUACCCCUUGGAGAAGCCAGAAUAAGCAAUAGUUACCUACGAAUAGUUCACCCCAUAAACUUAGGACAAUUAGGAGAUUACAUAGCGGAAAUCGAUGACGUGACGCAGAAUGCUAUCAACAAAGACAAACCGCUUAGCAAUAUUCUGAAAAUUAAGCUUCAUAGACUGCACUCUAUUAUAUCAAAGGUUAGGCCCAUGAACAGGAAUAGACGUUGGGAAGCUCUAGGGAAAGCAUGGAAGUAUAUUUCAGGAAGCCCUGACGCGGAAGAUUUAAAAAUUAUAAAUGUGACAACGAAUUCCUUGAUUGAUCAAAACGACAGGCAAAUUAGAAUCAACAUAGCAAUCGAACAUAGACUCAAAAACAUUACUGAAAAACUCAAUUCUUUGAUUAAAUAUCAGGGAAACUUUACUGCAGGGACUUUAGAUGGAUUUGACUCUAUAAACCUCCUUUUCAACUUAGAUGAACUAAUCUAUCAGCAAGAAAUCAUAGAGGAAGCAGUCACCCUAGCCAGGAGAAAUAUCCCCAGCAGCCGCAUCAUCAACUCUAGCGAGCUAAUCACCGCCAAGAAAUUUCUUUCCCACGAUGGCCUUGAACAACACAGCAUGGACAGCAUUUUGGACAUCGCCAGUGUGUACGUAAUCUACAGCAAGGACAUGAUUAUCUAUACCCUCAAAAUCCCAAGGAUUAAAAACGUUAUCUACAAACUAAAUUUCAUUGAACCAGUAGUACAGAAUAAUCUCAAAAUUCAACUGCAUGCAAACUACUAUCUCGACGGACCAACACCCUAUCUUUUUAAAACUCCAUGUUCCAAAGCCAAGGAUAUGUUUAUAUGCUCCAGCACGCAAACAGAACCAAUGACGGAGUGUAUCCAACAGCUGACUACCGGAAAACCAGCAUAUUGCAACGUAGAACGAACGUAUGGGAAAAAUUUCAUCAAAAGAGUGGACGACGCAAACAUUGUGGUUAACGCCGCAGAUCUUCUCAUGUCAUCAAACUGCUCAGCCCAGGAACGUAAACUACAAGGAUCGUUCCUUAUACAAUUUCAACAAUGUACAUUGAAGCUCGAUGAUGAGGAAUAUGCAAACCACAAAUACGAUGCGCAGCCCCAUUCGUUUAUCCCAACAACAGGGUUGAAGGUAACUCCAGUUAAAUUCAUAAAUCGUCUUCCAUUGGAGCUUUUACAGGAGCAGCAUUUAGAACACCGAGACAACAUAGCACACCUCAAUUUGACAACCGAAAGCAUUCAUUGGAAAAUAAAUUUGUUCGGGUGGCUGUCCUUUGGAACAUUCUCAACGCUAACGAUCAUCAUUAUCAUUGUUAUCAUCGUCGGGGUUCUGAAGUUUAUCACCUGGAAAAGAUUUGAUGCAUCCGCAUUCCCACAAUCGGCAAAGGCCAAACAGCAGCCAGAAGAGGGUAAAACAUCAGAGGUCAACGUAGAAGUUUCUCCAACGAGGUAUCCCAGGUUGAUUCCACAACCGUAAUUUGAAAGCCGAGGACGACUUUCCAGCAGACGGGGAGCCGUUAGGAAAUCCUGCUAGGGAAGUUAGUCAGUAGGCGCAGUUUCACGCAACGUGGCACAUCACGCCACGCUGCACUGCAAUCAGGUGUUAGGGCGCGCUAAAAGCGCAAGGUAUGCAUAAUUAGUUGAUAAAAACGAGCCAGCAGCGUGGCUCGCUCUCUUUCUUGGUAUAGAUUUCAUAGUAAGUAGUCGAUAAGUGAAGU